CCAACCGACCGUCGCCUUUCGCUGCCUCCUAGCGCCACCUGGCGGCUGCCUCCCACAUCGCAGCCUUGAGCCCCGGCUCUGCUUAGCCGGCGGCGAAAUGGACACGGCUGUUACUGGGAGCGAGGAGUCGGGCGUCGCGGAAGGGCCCGUGGAGGCAGCAGCGGGGCGGGAAGAUGGCGGCUGCGAGGGUCUGUGGGAGCUGCCCGUGGAGCGCUGCGUGAGGCGGGCCGAGUGCGGGCGCUGUAGCCGUCCUCAGAAGGUGUGUUUGUGUCCAUUCUUCCCUGUACAUCCUCUAAAAGUCUCCACCUGCUUGUAUAUAAUUCAGCAUCCAGCGGAGGAAAGUCGAGUAUUACGGACAGUGCCUCUUCUAGCUGCUUGCCUCCCUGGAGACAAGUGUAAAAUCUUGAUUGGCCGACGUUUUGGUGAAGAUAGGUAUCCUGAAUUAGCAGCCGUGUGCCGAAAUUCUAGUACUCUAAUUCUGUAUCCUGGAGCUGAAGCAGCUAAUUUGGAAGAAUUGGCUUUGAUCUUCCCAAGUCCGUCCACAAUCAUCAUCAUUGAUGGAACAUGGAGUCAGGCUAAAGAUAUAUUCUACAAAAACUCUCUUUUCCGGCUUCCCAAGCAGGUGCAAUUGAAAACAAGCAUUUCAAGUCAAUAUGUAAUUCGUACCCAGCCAACAAACACCUGCCUUUCUACACUUGAAUGUGCAGCUAUUGCCCUUGCCAUCAUGGAAAAAAAUGAUGGUAUUCAGGAGACUAUACUCCGCCCUCUUCAAGCUUUGUGCUCUUUCCAACUUCAGCAUGGUGCCCAGAUCCAUCACAGCAAGGAGCAUCUUCUUAAAAAUGGUUUAUAUGACAAACCCAUGCCAAAGAAUAAACGCAAGCUCAGGAGAAUGGAACUCUUAGUGAAUAAUGUUAAAAUCUAGAAAGACUGCACACACAGUACUAUGGAAUUAAUUUUUUUAUAGCUAACAAACACAGUUUAAUAUUGGAUUGUUCCAAAUAGCCAUCCAUAUGGUAAUAGACCUUUUAAACCCUUUGUAUUCAGGAGGCUUCCUGUCAAUAAUGCCAACUACAGUAAUAGGCAGCAUGUUUAGUUCUGUUGUUAUACUAGGCCAGGUGUCUUUGUUCAACUGAUAACCCCCUGUGGAGGGGAGGAAAACUGCAGUGAAUAAUUUAGAGCUAUGUUGUCUCUAGAGUCAGUGUAUGAUCCUCAUUAAGACUGGAUAGAUUUACUUUGGGGAAGCUUUUUCUCAGUACUGAAGAACAGACAGUCUGUUUAAGUAGAUUGUGGUAAGGGUAAGGAUCCAGUAUUUGGAAGAAUAUUGAAUUACUUCUCAGCAUUUUAAUUUUAAUCAUUAAUUACAAUAGGGUAUAACUAUAAAUUCCUAUAUUAGUUAGUUAAUCUGAACAUAAGGAAAUGUGAUGUGGGCAUUUUUGUUUUAGUUUUGUGAGGCGUUUAUUAUUUUACUAGUCUGUUAACUUGUUAUGGAUUUAUAUCCAUGUUAUUGUGCAGUCAUACUUACUUAGAGCCUGUCUGCAGUUUUCAAGGGUUUUGCUUGGCUGAGAUAGGCCAAUAUAUUUUGUUCAGAUUUUAAUAAAAAAGAAAAUAUGGAAAUGAAGAUGGAGCUAAGCUUUUAUCUGAAUUGUAGACCAGGUUCUGCACUCCAUACUUGGGCAAAACUCCCCUUGUCUGUAGAAUUUGGCCCAAAGAGUAUAUGCAGUAUACCACAUCUUGUUUAAUCCCUUUGAUUUUGGAAUUUACAUGUAUUCCUGCAGAAGUGUCUGUUGAAACCCUUUCAGAAUUGAGUAGUCUAGCCAGACUGUAAAAAUAUGUUUGCAGAUGCAUCAAAUCUUGUGGCAAAAUGAUUCUCUUUUUUUCAGCAAUUGUGGCACUGCAGUGUUGCUGCCAGCAGUGGAAGCACUAGUGAAGACAAGGAUCAGAUAUUUUUAUUUGCAUCAUGAAGCAGGUUUUCAUGACGAAAACUAGUGAUAUUAGGGCUUUACCACAGUGAAAACCUGCUUUAUGAAACCGUGGUAGUAAAAGUGCCUGAUCCCUGUCCUGACUAGUGGUUCCACUAUAAGUGCCAGCAGUGCACUAGAUAAGGCCUAUUCUUAGGCCUUAUCUAGUCUAGGGUAUUUUUCCCAUAAUUUAUGACUGCUGCUCCCACUGGACUCUUAAGUGGUCACCAGUGUUUUAACAACUGUGGAUUUGUCUAUAUUAAGAGAUCAAGUUUAUGUCAGGACUAGCUAAGAUGUUGGCUAACCAUGACCUUUUCUUUAGUCUAGAUGCUAUUUAGAUAAAUCCCAUGUCUGCGGCUAACACUGGUACAGCUGAACUGGUGAUAGCGACAAUGAGACAUUAGGAGCAGAAAGACUAAUGUAGACACCCUUACUGUAGAAGCACAUUCUCUAGUGAAACAGGCAAGAAUUCCUGUUUAAGUAGUAAUUAAGCUCUGUGGGUUAACACCACAUUGACUAGAAUGGAGGAUGUUUCCACUUGCUGCUAUUGUUUCAGUUUACCUUGUUUCAGAUUCAGUGGGACAGCAGUGCAUCCUUCAGUUUACACCGUGAUGGUUAUUUUCCCUAACAGAAGGGUUAAAUAUUUCUAUUCACAAAAUGUAAGUUCAAGUUCUGGAGAACAGAGGAAAAUCUGUGUUAAUACUCUAAAUUCACAAACAAUUGAAGUCUUAGUGGAUCAAAGAAAUAGUCUACUUAAUUGAGUUAUAAUCCUACAUGAAGUACUUCAGUACAGUACAGUAUGUGAAUUGAAGGUUUUUUUCAAUCCUGCAUAAGGGUCAAAUUUUCCAGUGUUUUUAUGAGAGACUUUUAUUGAUGUGAAUAAUCUCAUUGAUGUGGGGCUACUCCCAUGAGUAAGUAUUACUUAAGUGAGUAAUGUUUGUAGGAUCAAGCCCUAAUGUUGGACAAGUGGAUGUCUGUUGCAGUCAAGUCUGCAGUACUGUCUGUACCAUACUAGUAGAUCACUAUGCAACAGUUAUUUUAAAAAUGAAAAAAAAUGAAGUUAUUUGUUAUGCUUCAGUUACUAGAAUCCUAAAAUUUUACUUUCUUUGAGGAUUUUGUCGUUUUUAGUUUAACUGGGAUGGGCAUCUAGUUGCUACACAGUUGUCACAUGAAGUUACAUCAAAGCUGAUCACAUUUUUUUGUUCAUUACCAUUUUACAAAGAGCUAACACUUAAUUUGAUUAAAGCUGUUUUAUCUUCUUCCUCUAUUUUAAAAACCAAUUCUGUUGCUGCAGUCCUUUCUUGAAAACCAAGCAGAAUAUAUUCUCAAAUAAUAUUUCUUCACGUCUUCUAUUCUUUCUGAGCACCUUUUUCAUUAAUCUUUUCUGGGCACAAAGACAUUUAGAGCCUAAUUUUCAGGUAGGCCUCAAACCAGUAUCUUUUUUUUUUUUUGUAGGCCUAAUUUUGCACCUUCAAAUAAUUGGGUUUUAAAUUAAUCACAGGUGCAAGUAAUAUCUGAUUUGUGUGUGCGAAAAGUGGUAUAACUAUCACUUUUGCCUCCAAUUUAUUAUGGACCCCAAAAUUCAAGCAGAAUUAUUUGCAGAUAUAACAUUGUGCAUGUAAAGAUGGCCCUUAAGCUAUUAUUCUUGUAAACAGAAUUUUGAUUGGUUCUAUAUACUGAAUUGUUACUGUUUAAUUUCAAUAUUUUAUGUUACAUGAAAGUGUCAUGCAGGUUGAUCAGUUGUGAGUUUAUUUUCAGAUUUUUAUAUUUUUGGUGAUACUGUAUAGCUUUUUAAACAAAAUUAUGUGCAUUAACAAACAUUUUCAGAAUUUAGCAAUCUUGUCUUCAGGCCAACGGGGAUCAAACUUGGAAGUUAUAUUUUAAUAUAUGACAGUUAUCUCAAGAAAAGAUACUACACAAAUUCUUAAAUCUUUUUAUUGUGAGAGAGCUUGAAGAGCUGUCACCUAAUUUCUGUAAGAAAUUUUAAUUAAAGUAAGUUUAUUUUGCAUUUUUAUUAUUUACUUUCAUGGUUAUCCACUCUUCAUUUGUUAAUUACCAAAAGAUUCUUGGGAGUUUAAAACAGCAGUCUAACAGAGAAGUGAACUUUUAAAAAUGUAUUUAAUACAGUGUAUUUUCUUUUAAUGUUUGUUUUUCUCCCUUUGUCAGCUUUGCACUUUUAAAUGUUGCUGUAUAAAUACAGUCUGCCCUCUACAUUCCACUGAAUGGGGAAUUGGUGACAUUGUAGUACAUAUGCUGAUGACGUUGAUAUCAAAUUUUGGUGAAAAAAGAUGUAAUUCCAUAAAAUAUUGUAAACUGACAACGUUUCCAGUACAAGAUGUUGGAUACAAAAGUUAUAUGUGAUUGUGUGAUUGCGAAAACUACAUAUUUACUUUUUUUUUUUUUUUUUUUUUAAAGGUAUUUCUGAGCCCUCUUAUUUUUAUUUUCUCUUUGUAGAAGAAUGUAUUCUAGAAAGCUUUCAAAUUUCAAGAUAAAGUUGGUCCAGGAAGAACAUGACAUGAUUUGUUACCUGCAGGACUUUAUGCCCAUUGCAUUCUAACAUCUUACAAAUUCCAUCUGUUGUCAAAAUAUUAGAAAGCAGUUAGUGUUUCAUUAGUUUUCUGUUUUAAAAAAUGUUCAAAUGAUUUGAUAAAAGACAAAAUUUAUUUUUAGACUAAAAGUUUUUCUUCUGUAAUGCUAAAAUGGAUUAAAAAGAUGCUCAUGCUGUA